CGUCCUGUUUAGGGUGAGCUGAUGUUCUCUGUGAGACUCCUGGCUGCUGUGAACCAUUGCGAGUUCUAUUCUGCGAGGAGUCACCUGAUAGACAGUGAUUCACCGAGGGAUGCUUCAUGUAUUAUCCCAGGCAGCAGGCUGGCCAGAUUAUUAAAAUCAGCUGUUUUCUUUACCACCAUUAACAUGAGCGUUGAGACGGGGAAACUGUCAGAAGGCAGAUCAGUGUUCACCCAGCCAGAGGGACAAGGUGCUGACGGAAUUGAAACAGAUUUCAAUCGACAGAUCAAAACCGAGGACCUGAGUGAUUCUCUGCCAACAGGGCCGCCUCAGGUCGGGAGCUGCCGAGCUCCUACCACCUCUCCCAUCGUCUCAGGGGACCUGCAGCCACUACACACCCUGCAGCAGCUGGUGUUAGUGCAGGGGCACCAUCUCCAGGCAACAUCACCAUUUCUCCUGCCACAGGCACAGCACACUCCGCAAGUUUUGUUGCAGUCUCCGAAUCUCAUCCCAUUGCCUCAGCCCAGCCUCCUGCAGCCUCAGCCCAGCCUCCUGCAGCCUCAGCCCAGCCUCGGGCUCUCCUCACAGGCACUGAUUCGCCCCAGCCUUGGGAUCUCCUCUCUUGAGGGUCACUUGGAGUCGCCUCCUACCCACCAGCUCUCCAAACACUUUCCAUCCCGACAGCAGGAGGAGCCCAGUGAUCUGGAAGAACUGGAACAGUUUGCAAAGACGUUCAAACAACGACGGAUUAAACUGGGAUUCACUCAGGGUGACGUGGGGUUGGCGAUGGGGAAGCUCUAUGGAAAUGAUUUUAGUCAAACAACUAUCUCGCGUUUUGAAGCCCUGAAUCUCAGCUUCAAGAACAUGUGCAAACUGAAGCCCCUCCUGGAGAAGUGGCUGAACGAUGCAGAGACAGUUCCCACGGACUCGGCCAUGACCAACAUGCCCCCCGUGGCCCCCUCGCUGAUUGGUCUGGAGGGGCUGGGACGGAAGAGGAAAAAGAGAACGAGCAUCGAAACCAACAUCCGCCUGACGCUGGAGAAACGUUUCCAGGAGAAUUCCAAGCCGAGCUCGGAGGAGAUUGCGAUGAUUGCCGAGCAGUUGGCAAUGGAGAAGGAGGUGGUGCGCGUGUGGUUCUGUAACCGGCGGCAGAAGGAGAAGAGGAUAAACUUCCCCGUCACAGCGGCCCUCAAACCUCCCCUGUACAACUCCCGCCUGGUUUCUGCCCCGACCUCCCUGGGAUUGGCCGCCAGUCAGCUCCACAGCAACAUGAGUCUGACAGGCUCUUCCUCACCUGGAGUCUCCUCCAGCUCCGGCCGACCCUCUCCACCAAUCACAUUGUCCUCCAGCAGCUUAAACACAUCACAAAGCAGCCAGUCAUCAGGUCUGAACUCUACCCCCAGCUCAAGGUUCUGGUGGAACUCGCCUCCCUACCUGCACUGAUCUCCCAGCUCCCGGCUCAAUACUCUGAUGAGGUUUUUUUUCUUCAGUUGCUCACCAACCCCACACUCAGCACCUGGUGCACAUGGAAUCCACUACUACCAAAGAAUUUUACGAGAAUGAGAUUGACUGUCCAGGGCUUUGGGACUUCCUCCCAAUGUGAAAGGUUCUAUACAAAUGUAAUUUGUUGUUGUUGUUGACUAUAUUGGCAACAUUUCCAUUGAUUCGAGGGGUUGUGGGUCACAGGUGAAGUUGUGGUUUCCUGGAGUGAAUUCUGAAUGUUGUGCCUUAUUAAAAAUUCAUUCCAGAAUUAUGUAAAAAAAGUCUUUAUUAAAGAUUUUAAUGUUUUUUUUGCAGUUUUCUUCUUUAAUGGUUAAUUUAUUCUGUCCACCAGGCUUUUGUAAGUGAUACGUAAUGUUCUAAAUUGCUGCCUAUUUAUGGAGACUUGUCUCAUUUCCAGCUGAUAUUUUGUGUUGUUAAUGUAACAGUAAUAAUAAUAAUGUCUACACUGAAGGCUUGGUGUGGCAGCUACAAGGAACCAGACACUUGCUGCAAAUUUACAGAAAAGGUUUUUAUUAAAAGUCAAUAAAAAUAAAAUUUAUUCCAAACAUCACUUUGAA